UCUUCCUCCCAUCGGGCCGUUAUCUCGAGUAGCAUGUGAUUCAUGCCGUGGUACUUGCUCUUUUUUUUCCUUCUUUACGCUUUUUCACCCACCAUGGGAUAAUUUUGAUUUUACCGAGACUCAUCGUCGAUUGAAGGUUAAUCGUCCCCCCGUCUUUAAUUCUAAAGCCAAGGAUAAGCCGCGCGACGAAACUCGAGUGCGCGACCGGUCGACGAGAUGGAUAUCGAGCACGUACUGAAAAACGACAUCGGGCAUUGUCUGAGGAUGAUAGUGUCGGGGGACGACGCGGCCGUUAGCGGCGGCUGGCUGAUGCUGCAGAAUCGCGAAUUCGGCCAAAUGACCGACUGCGAGGACAUCCUGAGGGACGUCCUCCGUAGUAAGAUCGUGAACGUGUCGCAGGUGCCGAAGAUCAUGGACUGGAUAUCGGAUCACAUCGCGGAGAGGCGUUUCAACAUCAAUCCCAUUUCGAACGACGUCGCCCUGCUGCUGCGGAACACGGACAUCGACGACCUGUCGCACUUGACCGAGCUUCUGGCGGCACUGGCGGCUCACAGGGUGUACCUGCCCAGAUCGGCGAAUCACACGAAGCUCUGCGAGGCGAUAGUCACGAGCCUGUCCACCUUUCAGAUGCCCUUGGAGGCGGAAAACAUAGUCGAGUUCUACGACAACACCACCAAGAUCCAGCACUUUCUCAAGGGGCUGUGUUCAAACACAAAGAACGGCGAGCGUGACAUUUUGAUGUUUACAUGCCUCCAAACUCUGUACAACAUCAUAUCCGACACAAGCAGGAAGGAGGAGCCGGGCCCGGGACUCGCUGCCAUAUUGCAGCUGGUGGAAGCCGCCGUUAUUCCGCAGGCGGUCGACUGGAUCCUGUCCCAGUCGCACACCGACCAUCAGCUGAUACAGGCCUUGAAAGUUCUGUGCAACUGGCUGCCGAAAUGGCGUGAGGAUCGACUCAACCGUUGGAUUAUGGAGUUUAUCCUUGGCUUGGAGAAGCAACACAAAUAUUCCACCCUCCUCGAGCUCACCGAGUCGUCGAUAGACACAGUAACGUUAAUGUGCAAAGUGUUGCUGUUACCAGUGUUCCGUCAAAACUCCAACAUUAUAUUUUAUAUCUUAAAGAGACAGAGCUCGUUGUCGUUUGUUCAGAGCGUGGCUAAGAACAUACCGGCGUUGAUAAAGAGCCUGAUGAAGGAAGAUUCCGAUUCCAGUAAGGAGUGCAUACAGAACCUGGUCGACAUCAUGAAGGUCUACAGCAAGAGAUUCUCCACCUGUAUACCCUGCGGAAGCGCGGAAAACUAUCCUUUCCCUGUACUGCCGCAGAUGCACGUUGUCAGAGAACUCUGCAGAGAGCCGGUGUGGAUAGACGAGACGAAGGAGUUCGAGCCGAUCGUGGAACCGGAGAGGCCGCUGUCUGGAAAAGUUGGACUCUCCAAUCUGGGAAAUACGUGCUAUAUGAAUAGUGUGUUACAAGCCUUAUUGAUGACCAGACAGUUCUGCCAAGAAGUAUUGAAUUAUCGUUCCUUGAAUGAAUCGUGUAAAACACCCCUGCUGGAGAAACUUCAAAAUUUAUUUGCACUACUGUUAUAUUCCAAGAGAAUAUGUUUGGCGCCGACUGAUGUAUUACGAGCGUCACGGCCAACAUAUUUUUUACCUGGGCAACAACAGGACAGUUCAGAAUUUCUCUGUCAUCUUUUGGAUGUUCUACACGAGCAAGAAAAAUCCGCUAAUUCAAACUGUGGAGGAAAUGAUAGCGCAACUCUCAAAAGUAAAAUUGAGAAGCAGGAAGACGACGUAACGUUGCCGAUGGAAUCAACAAAAAGUAGCAUUAAACGUUGGACGACUGAAGAAGACCUAACAGAAGGCUUGGCUUUGCAACGGAAAACGCAAUCAUUGGCGGAUUUUACACGAGGCGAAGAGCUAGGACAACGGCUUAGCGAUUCUCAUUCGGAUUCGACCGACAGCGGUAUACAGUCCGUAGGUGGCGAAGAAACGGGCGCGUACACGUCUCUCGUGCACAGGGUGCUGGGCGGAGAGUGUCAGAUCACUUAUCAAUGCGCACAAUGCGACACGAGUUCUCGCAACACGGACAAAUUCCGCGACCUGCAGCUGUGCUUUCCCGAGGAGAUACAGGAGAAUCAGGAGGUCUCCGUUCAGGAUCUCAUCAACUACUAUCUCACGCCGGAGAAGCUCACGGGGGAGAACAAGUACCGAUGCGACAAGUGUACGAAGUUGUGCGACGCGCAGAGGAUCAUCACGAUCCUCCAGGCACCCGCGCACCUGAUUCUAACGCUGAAACACUUCCGUUACGAUUUCGACACUCGAUUAAGGACGAAACUUCGGCACAAGGUAGUGUACAACGACACCAUACAGCUGCCGGUGUCGGCGAUACCGCACACCGUGGCCGAGACGUACCACUUGUACGCCGCUGUCGUGCAUUCCGGAUACAGUAUGGAUUACGGGCACUACUUCACGUACGCCUGCGACUCCAAGCAGAGCUGGUACAAAUUUAACGACAGUUUCGUGACCCAGACCACGUUCGAGGACUUCAAGAGCUUGAAACCGCCCGACACGCCGUACAUCCUGUUCUACGAGAAGUCGGGGGCACACGACGGGAUCUACGAGGACGACAAGCCCGAGUUGCCGACCAUGAGCAAACGUAUACAGGAAUUGAUAGCGAACGACACCACGGAUUACAUAGAGGAGCUCAGACGUCGGGCGAUAGCGUCGCAACGUAGCCAACUUCCUUCGACGAAACCCCUGAGGCAGCAUAACAAUUCGGACGAUGAUAAUCCGCCACCCAGCAGCUGUCGCGGUGCAAUCGACGUCCCGGCGAAUCGCUUUCUUUAUUGAAAAAAACGGAAGAAUCUGUUAACACGCAGCGGCGACAAAUCUUGCCAAUUGCAAACAACUCUGUAUUUAUUCUAAGUAUUUUAUAUAUACAUAUACUAUAGAUAACAAAAAAUCGCAAUCACAUGUAUAAUCGCAGAAAAGGCGGGUAUGGUUCUAUACCAUAUUGUAUCGCUGUGGAAAAUUUCAUUAAGAAUUGAUAUUUUACAUCUUACUUUUACCAAAUAGAAUCUAUAUGUAACAUUGUACAUGUACAUCACGCUAACAACUUACAUUAUUUACUACUGUAACUGUCGACGACGUUGUUACGUUUUUUGCGGAAAAAUGGUUGCGGCAAAAUAGUGCGAGAUGCUAUGAUAACCAGAACUCGAAUCUGUGCAAAACGGAUAUGUACAUAAAAUAUAAACGAAUACAUAUAUGAGUGAUAAUUA